AUGUCUCUCAGAAGAUUGCCUGCCUACAUUGAAAAGCAGCUGUCCAAUGUAAACUUCUAUCUAUCUAUCUAUCUAUCUAUCUAUCUAUCUAUCUAUCUAUCUAACACCGGUUCCAUCUGUUCAUAUCUAUCUAUCUAUCUAUCUAUCAUGAUUUUCAAGAAUCCGACUUUAUUCAUAUACAAUACUAAUUUUGCAUCUAUCUAUCUAUCUAUCUAUCUAUCUAUCUAUCUAUCUAUCUGGCUAUUCCAAUCUAUCUAUAGAUCUAUCACAGUCCAUUUAAGUAUAUCUAUCUAUCUAUCUAUCUAUUUUUUCGAUUUAAGUCUCUCUAUUUCAAUCUAUUCAAAUCUAUCUAUCUAUCUAUCUAUCUAUCUAUCUAUCUAUCUAUCUAUCUAUCUAUCUCGGUCUAUUCAACUCUAUCUAUUUAUCCUCUCUCCCUGUCUCUGUCUCUGUCUGUCUGUCUGUCUCUCUCUCUAUAACGGCCGUUUUGGUGGGUACAUCAAUUUUUCUGUCUUUCUUUCUCAAUUACUAUUACACUGUCGAUCUUUCUUCAGUCUGAAAUAUUUUUUUCUUUCUGGUCGUCAUCCAUUCCUUACCUGUCUUUUUCUCUCCCUUACACACAGCGUUUUCAAAUCACUUUCUCUGUCUCUCUCCCACACACAAACACAAGCACAUGCUUGCAUAAAUUUUUCUCUUUUCCACCACCACCCUCCCCCUCUAUCUAUCCGGUUUCUUGUUGUUUUGCUUGAGUUGGGUAUUACCCACUCGUGUCAAGGGUCAAAGAUUAUUCCAUUUUCUACUCAUUCUUUUUAUUUUUCCUCGUUUCUUUCUUUCUUUCUUUCUUUCUUUCUUUCUUUCCAUCCUUCAUUGAAUGAUUUCUUCCUUUCUUUCACCAUAUUCUUUCUUCCUUCUUUAUAUCGUUUAUUAUCUUUUUCUUUCUUUCUUUCUUUCUUUCUUUCUUUCUUUUUCUUUCUUUCUCCAUUGAAUGAUUUCUUCCUUUCUUUCACCGUAUUCUUUCUUCCUUCUUUAUAUCGUUUAUUAUCUUUUUCUUUCUUUCUUUCUUUCUUUCUUUCUUUCUUUCUUUCUUUCUUUCUUUCUUUCUUUCUUCCACAUAUAUCUAUCUAUCUAUCUAUCUAUCUAUCUAUCUAUCUAUCUAUCUAUCUAUCUAUUACUUUUUAA